UGUGUGUGUGUGUGCGUGUGAACAAUUUGGUGUUAAAUGUGGGCCAACGACAAACGACGACAAAAAAAUUUCGCAUAAUUGCAUAGAAAUUUACAGCUGUCCAGCAACAAAAGCGAAAGUGCUUGGACAUGGAAAAGGCGGGAACGCAGGCACGUCCUGUGCCGGCUCCGCGUCGUCUCUAUCCAGAGAUGCGGACCGCCAACUAUGAGAAUAUCGAGAUCAAUGUGAGGAGCAGCAGCAGCAGCAGCAACAACAUCAACAGCAAUCAGAACAACAAUAAUCACAAACACACUCAUAAUAACAACAACAGUGCCUGCAAAAAGUUGAACAUUAAUGUAGAGAAUUUACAUGGAAGUUGUGUGGAAAAGAAACUGCCGUCGAGCAGCCACAAUAAACUGAUACUGCAGGAAGCUAAUGUAGAGCAGCCGAUUUAUGGGCCGGAUGCCAAUGAGAAUGUGCCCGUCGAGCCAUUGUAUGCCACGCCCAAACCAGCGCCCAGACAACGAGCGCGCGCUGAGCUCCUGCAAGAGCAGGAAGAGCAGGAAGAGCAUGAAGAGCAUGAAGAGCAUGAAGAGCAGGAAGAGGAGUCGGCGGAACAAGAGGAUCGACAGAAACAGCAGGUGACUGCAUCAAAUCGAUCGCUGCGGGCAGCGCCACAGGUGCCAUCCAAGCCAUUGAAUGUUGAGCAGGAACGACGUCGACCAGAUCGCUGUUCCAUCUCCAGCGAGUUCUCGACAACGAGCAUCGGCGGCAACGGGCAGCUGGAGGAUGAUUUGCGGUACACAUCCAAUGGAUCGCUGGACUGCAGCGAGAGCUCACAGAGCGGCAAGUUCAAGUCGCCGUCACCCGGGUACGUAGUCGAGGGUGAGCAAGAGGAAGAUGAUCAGGAUCAUGGGCAUGAUCUUGUGGGCGAGUCCGAAACCGAUACCGAUACCGAAACUGAGACAGAAGCGGAAGUGGAGGCGGAAGGCGCCGCCUCGUCCGAUCCGUCGGAGCUUUCCGCGAGCUGUGACGAUGACAAGAAUCUGUUGCGUUCGCUAGGCAGCACAUCGAAGCUACUCGGCGAGGCGAUUGGCGAGCGUGUCGCCUUCAAGGCCAAGGGAGCGAAGAAGCGCAUUGACAAGAAUCUAAAGAGUUCCACGGAGGCGAUAAGCAGCCUUGGAGCAGAUGCUGGCAGUCGCUUGAGGCACGCCGGGAAACGUUUUGGCUCCAACUUUUCAUUGGGCAGGCGAGAGAGGACGACAGCCACUGAUUCCGUGCUCGAUCUAGAGCAACAAAUGGAGUUGGAUCGACGUCGCACGAUGGCCAACACAGAUGUCUUCAAUACCAUACAUUUUAGCAGUCCAUUGCAUCGAAAUGCAGCCGGUGGGGGGCACACGGAUCUCAGCGAGAUGAAGACGCUGCCGGAGCAGCAGGAGAUUGCGUAUGAGGUGCCCAAGCCAAAACCGAAGCCCAAAGCCAAGGCAAAGCCUCCCAGCUACGAUGAAGCACUGCGUGCACGUCCCGCUCCUCCAGUGCCGCUUGCCAAGAAUCUGGCACUGGAAGCAGCCCAAAUGGUCCAGCUGCGCAGUCAUCAGCAGCAGCGGCAAUCGAGCAGCGGCGAGUCCACGGGCGAGGAACUGCCCAUGCCCGCCUUUCCGCCUCCACGUCUGUCCCAGCAGUUGGACGCACUGCAGCCGCCAGUGCGGCACAAGCGUCGGCACAAGAACUACGAGAACAUUCAGCUGCGUCGGCCCAAUGUGGAUUCCGCGGAACUGCAGGAGCUCAAUCGUGUGGCAAUUGCUGCGGAGCGCGAGGAAUCGCUGCUAAUCUCCGCCAGCAUUGCCGCCGAGGAGGCACGUGCACCGAAGCCCGAGCGCAGCGACUCCUGGCAGUUCUACGGUGACGACGCGCAACCCGAACCCGAACAAGAGGCAAAAGUGGAGGUGGAGGCAGAAGCGGAAGCGGAAUGCGAAUCUUGCUCCUCGCCAGAGCCACUGUAUGCCAACCAGGAGGCGACCUAUGGCAAACUCUGCGAUAUGGCCACCAGCAGCACCAGUCGUGGCAAGUUGCUGACGCCGCAGCAGGAGCUCGCCUGCAUCAGUGAGGAUGGGGAGCUGGACAGCAACGAUGGCGCUGUCGGCGGUUGGUCAGCUGCGAUGACUGCACCGCCGCCAGCUUCCGCCGAGCUGAUCGAGGAGUUUGAUCCGCUGAAAAGCAAAUGCUCGACACUAGCCCGCUCCAACAAAAGCAACGAGCUGCUGCUGCUCGAGCAUCUGCUCGAGGAGGACACCUAUGGCACCAUAAAGCGUGAGCAGGACGAUGUCAGCAUGUGCACCUCCGAGGAGGAUGGUCGCAGCGAAGUCACCGCAACAACUUCAACUUCCAGUGGAAUGGGAACGGGAACGGGAACGGGAGGAGCAACUGCUGGACGCGAUCAGCCGCAGAUUGUGCAUCAGAAUGCGCAGCUGCUCAGUGACAGCAUGGAGCAAAUGCUGGAUGAUGAGGACUCGUUUGAGAAACGUACCAAACCCUAUCUCUGUCGGCUCGAGGAGAAGGCAACGACAUCUGGAGUAGGAGGAGGCGGAGGAGUUGUGGAUCUGGCGGCGCCAUCGCGUAAUCGAACCAAUUGGUUUGUCGGCGACAAGACGCACAUUGAGGGCGACUGUCCGCCCACCUACUUGGAGGCCAUUGGCGGCGAUGGACAGCCAAUUACCACAUCCCCAAGCACAUCAGCAGCCAGCUCCGAGUCGAGAUCAACACUCGGAUCCCGCUUCCGGCAGACAAUGAACGCUUUCUCGAAUGUUAAACUGCGUAUGGAUGCGAUGCGACGGGUGAGCUUCAAGAGCGCCAGCCAACGUCAAUCGGAUGUGAAGGUGGUACUGCAGAUGGUGCCCCGUCCAAGUCUGUCACCGUUGCUGGUGCGCUACGAGGGGCCAUUGGUGCGUUUCCCCUCGGGCGUCGUUGAGGAUAUACUGAAGGAGAUGCAGAACCGUAAGGCCAUACUGCGGGAUCGACAGUUUCAGACGUAUCUCGAUCAGGAAAUGAAAACGCCCAGGGAGCUGAUACCAUUGGAGGCCAUCACGACGCUGCAGUGCGUCAGCAACAGUCGCGUCACGGACAGCGCCACACAUUUCUAUUGCUUCGAAUUGACGACGUCACAGCCAAAGAAUGGUGCCUCAUCCUCUGACAACAUGUCCUCCAAUCCCAAUCUCCUGAUGACCAGCAAUGCCUGCGGCAAUGUCAAGCAACAACGUGUCGCCCAUCUCUAUGGCGUCAACAAGGAGUCCGAGCGUGGUGUCUGGAUGCAAAAGAUCCUCGAGAGCCUCACCAACAGUGUGCCCGUUAAGUAUACCUGCCACUAUUAUCGCGCUGGUUGGUGCUACCUAAAGAACUCCAUCACCUCCGACUGGAGCGGCACUUGGCUUGUGCUCCGCAAGAGUCAGCGUCGUCUCAUCUUUGUUAGCGAGGCCAACGGCAAUGUCGAGAAAAUGGAUCUGAGAAAAGCCCGUUGCAUUGUUCUGAAGGAGAGCGACGAGUCCAUUGAUAAUCUGCACGUGGAGAGUGGUCCACUGCUUAUGAUCGACUGUCCGCCAUAUUCGGUGUACAUGAUCAUGAGCUCGGCGCGGGAAACAAAGAUAUGGCGUCACAUCAUCCGGGAGGUGGCACACAAUAAUGGAUUCUCGUUGGGAGAUCAGCAGUUGACACGUUACGAUGUGCCAGUCAUUGUGGACAAGUGCAUCAACUUUGUCUAUAUACACGGUUCCAUGUCGGAGGGCAUUUAUCGCAAAUCCGGCUCGGAGAACUCCAUGCACAAGCUGAUGAGCGCCUUCCGUGCCGACGCCUUCAACGUGGAGAUCACACGCAAUGAAUACAAUGAGCACGAUGUGGCCAAUGUGCUAAAGCGUUUCAUGCGGGAUCUGCCAGAGCGAUUGCUUGGCAAGCUCACGGACAGCUUUGUGUUCGUCACCGAGCUGGCAGUUGCCUCCGAGAAGAUACCGAUUUACAGGGAACUGCUUGGACGUCUCAGCACCAUUGAGCACGAGACAUUGCGUCGCAUUGUUGGACACUUGGUGUUCAUCAGCUCGCAGCAGUCAAAGAACAAGAUGAGCAUACAGAAUCUAACCAUGAUCUGGGGUCCCACUCUGCUGGCCAAGAAGUGCGACGAACUCAUAUACUCACAAAGGGAGGCCGAUGUUCUAAGCGAUCUGAUUGUGCUCUAUAAGAAUCUAUUCCCCUGCAGCGUCGAUGAAAUGAAAAAGGAGCAAGCGAUGCUGAUGUGCUUGCAAAAAUAUUAUGCAGCCGCGGAAACGCUCAAGGAUGCUGUGAAGCAGUCGGGUGAUAUUAAAAUCUGGAUCAGUCUAAAUCCCAAUCCCGAUAAUACAACAGAGGAGAAGACGCAGGUAAAUGCCACAAUUUCACCGACAAAAACCGCCUAUGAACUAUGUCGCGAGUACUCGAAGAAAAUGCGACUUCCCACACAUCAGCUGACGCUAUACGAGGUCAUAUUGAACGAUAGCCUGGAACGGCCGCUGCAUCACGAUGCCAAGGUGUUCGAUGUCAUAUUAAACUGGUCCUACUGGCCCGAAGAGGAUCGUAAGCACAACUAUCUGGUGGUGCGGCCAAUUGAGAUGCUGCGCGAGGUGCAACGCGCUGUGAAGAAUCUGGCGACUGUUACACCCGGAAAGGAGCUGCGCUUCGCCGACUAUCGCACCAAGUCCUUCAAGACGCUGCAGUGUGAGCUGCGUGAUGGCAAAAUUGUUGUGUCCAAAAAGGAUAAGAACGAUAAGACGACCAUUAUACGGGAAAUAUUCCUGCACAGCUCCACGGCAUAUUUGGGCUGUGAGCGCAAACGUGACUUUCCCUGGAGCUGGGCCAUCACAUUUGUUGAGCGCACUCAGGCGCAAAUUAUGAGAUCACGUGAUGCUCCCUACAUUGGACAUGUGCUGGCCGGCAGCGAAUGGGUCGAUCGCACCAUCUGGUACUCCAGCAUUUGGUAUUGUCUUCAUGGCGAUAAUAUUUUGCCGCCAGCGGAGAUCAUCAUUAAGUAAACAUGCGAUCAUUCGAGCAUUGCUUUCUUUUGCCAGUUUAUUCUGCCCUUGUUUUAUUUAGUUUUAUUUGUAUUGUAUUUUUUUUUUUAACUAUCAUAAUUAUUUUGCAGUUUUUUAUAGUAGCUUGUAGAAAUAAUUGGCAAUAUCGAUUAGUUUCAUAGUGCGAUAAAUUGUAGAUAUUUUGAAUAAAUUAUUUAAAUACAUUCGUAUAUGUAUAUACAUAUGUCAGUAUAAACAUGUAUUGGCCGACCUAGAAGAGAGCACAUUCACAUUUAAUAAUUUUCUACAACAAUCGUGAUAAAGCAAAUGAAGAUGUAUUUAUCAUUUGUGCAAUACGAAAGUGAUUUCAGUCCAUCAAUAAUUUAGUUAGAAAAUUCUUCAGCACUUUAAAUUCAGUUCAAGUCUGUGCAAUUAAGUUAAUCACUAUCAAGCCAUUCUACUUAUUCACUUUUAUUCAUGUACUUAUGAAUAUCGGCCGAAAUCAUUCGAGUUCAUAUUUUUGAAUGAACUACAUUUUUAUUUAGAUGUUGUAUACUUUCUUGCAUUUAACAAUUUCAAACUGAAUACUAUGCCAUUUGUCUUCAAUGUAUCUAGUUCCUUCAUGGCCUCUUCGAUCAUUUUAUAUGUAUGUGGAUCUGAGCGUUUGUGUAUGGCUUAAAAAAUUGACUUUUAUUUCUAUCUUUAUCAUUUCUUAAAUUCUCAACCAUUUUGUCAAAUUCCCUA